UCGUGCGGUUAGUUGGCGCGCGGGGGCCCCGGUGACUGGGACGGCCAAGAUAGACGCUCCGUAUAAAAGGAGAGACAAGAGGCAGGGCGAAACGAACAGGAUAUAUUAUAAAGCGGAGCGACGACCACACAGUGACGACGACCACGACGAACACGACCGAAUAUUCUUCACAAAUUUCUGCUUCUUUCUUCCGUAUUUUUUUCCUUUUUUCUUUCUUUCUUUCUUUUUUUUUUUAAUGUCAUUAUUUCUCUACUCUCGUUAGAAGAAGAAGAAAAGUGCGCGAACGAGCCGCGUGAGCUCGCACCAUUCGAGCUAACGAAAGAUUAACGUUAAAAAAACUUGCCAAGGUGGCUGGAAUCGAGGAUUUCUAAUUAUUUGGAUAUUUCAUCGCUCGUUGCAAGAGAGGAGUUGGUUGGCGCGCGACGGAGGAAGGGCAAAGUCGAUUGGAUGGUGCCGCGGGUCGGCGCCGUUUAAACCGAGCGUGAAGGAGGGUGGUAGUUCCCUUCGAAGGAGGAGAAGCGGAGGAAGGGAGGGGAGGCUCGAUUGGAAAGGAAGGAGGGUGGCUCGCCACCCGAGAAAUUGGCGGAGGGGCGACCCGACAACAUGGGGGUCGCCGACGAUUUCGCGCCGAGCUUCACCCAGAAGCCGCAACUCAGGCAGGAGGACGAUGGAAAUCGACUGAUCUUCGAGUGUCAGCUGAUCAGCUCGCCGAAACCCGAGAUAUCGUGGUAUCGGGGCGAGAUCGAGCUAGCUCCCGAUUCAAGGACCAACUUCCGGAUGCAAAGCGUCGGGACGAACAAGUUCCUCGUCGUCCUCGAGCUCGACGAUGUUAUCGAGACCGACGCGGGCCUGUACAAGGUUAAGGCCAAGAACAAGAUGGGCGAGGUCGCGGCUUCGAUUAACCUGAAUUUCAGUCCUGUCGAUGAGCCUAGAGAGAAACAAAUCGAUGGAAUCGCGCCAACUUUCGCGAAGAAGCCCGCUAUCAGACAAGAGGAUGAUGGUAAACGAUUACUUUUCGAAUGUCGCAUCACGGCUGAUCCCACGCCCAAAGUAACGUGGUUUCACGAUGGAAAUAUGGUAAAAGAUUCACCGAGGCACAAGCUAACCGUCGACAAAGAUGGUCACUCGUACUUCGCCACAUUGGAGAUAAAAAAUGUGACCGUUGAGGAUGCUGGUAAAUAUAAGGUCACCGCGAAGAACGAGCUCGGCGAAUCCAACGCCACUAUUUCCUUAAACUUCGAUAGCGACGAGGCACCCGUACCCGACGAUGGUAUUAAACCGACUUUCACCGAACGACCGGUAAUAAGGCAAUCGGACGACGGUAACACCAUCACCUUUGAAUGUCGAUUAGUCGGCGACCCGAAACCAACCGUCAAGUGGUAUCACGGUAGCGAAGAAUUGAAAGAAGACGGAAGAUACAGGAUGUCAUUGGAAUUGGAUCAGAAACUGUACCAUCUAGCGAGGUUGAGAAUCGACAACGUGGCGAAAGGCGACGCCGGGGAAUACAGAGCUGUGGCGAAGAACAAACAUGGCCAGGGUGUCGCUACCAUUAAUUUGAAUUUCGAGGGGGGUGACAAGUUGAAAAUACCGGACGGUAAACCACCGCGUUUCCCUAAGAAGCCAACAAUUCGACAAGAAGGGGACGUGUUGAUCAUGGAGUGUAUCUUGGAAGCUCACCCGGUCCCGGAUAUAACUUGGUACCAAGGUCAGAAGACGAUCACCGACAGCAAACGCGUCAAGAUGUCACGCAAGGCGACUGGGAAGGAUACUUAUUUGCUCACGCUCGAGAUAUCGAAUCCGACCAAGGCGGACGGCGGAAAUUAUCGAUGCAACGCGUUUAACAACUUCGGCGAGAGUAACGCAAACAUCUCCCUCAAUUUCCAAGAAGAGGGACCUGGUUUCGCGCCGACGUUCGUCGAAAAACCUCGUAUCAUUCCGAACGAAACCGGCACCUUGAUCACGAUGAAAUGCAAGUGUAAAGCGAAUCCAAAACCAGAAGUUACGUGGUUCCGUGGGGAUCCUUCGGCGCCUGAUGGUGGCACUUACAGAUGUCACGUGAAAAACGAGUACGGUGAAAGCAAUGCGAAUUUGAACUUGAACAUCGAGGCGGAACCAGAGCCGGAAGGAGACGGUCCAACUUUCGUCGAGAAACCGCGGAUACAGUCUCAAAAUCAGGGUAAACUAGUGAUCAUGGAUUGCAAGGUGAAGGCGAAUCCGAAACCUGAAAUCGUGUGGACUCAUGCCGGCAAGAUAGUGAAGGAGUCUUCCAAAAUUUCGAUCAGUAUUGUUCAAGAGAAGCAAGAUAUCUAUUAUAUCAAAUUGACAUUGAACGAUCCAGGUGCCGAAGAUUCAGGUUUAUACAAGUGUAACAUCAAAAACGCUCUUGGCGAAUUGAAUGCCAAUCUAACGCUCAACGUUGAAAUUAUACCCGUGAUCAAGGAAAAACCAAAGGUCGUGAAGAUCGUGAAGAAGAGAACGGUCAUAGUCGAGUGUCACGUGCUUUCCAAAUUUACGCCGGAAUGCACUUGGUUCAAAGAGACAAAAGCUGUGAAGGCGGAUAACAGGCACAAAGUUCACGUCGAGCAAGUAAAAGAGGGAGAAUUUGCUGUCAAGUUAGAAAUCGAACAAGUGUCAGCCUCUGACAAAGGUAUAUAUAAACUAGUGGCUCGUAACGAAAAAGGUGAGGCAACGUCCCAAGUUGUAGAAGUUACGGAAAUAAUGGAGGAAGGCGAGAAACCUAAGAUUAUAUCCGGUUUGAAGUCAGCGACGAUCGAGGAAGGUAAAUCGAUCGAACUUAUCGCCAGUCUCUCCAAACAGGAUCGUAAAGUUACCAUCACAUGGUACAGAGAUUCCACGGUGGUCAAAGCUUCCAAAGACGUCAUGAUAUCUUUCAAUGGUAUAGAUAUGAAAUUGUCGAUCACAUCUGCUUCCACUUCGUAUUCUGGAACGUACAAAGUAGUCGUUAGUAACGAAUAUGGUCAAGAUGAAUCGUCGGCACGAUUGGUUGUCAAGAAAAAAGAAGAAAAGAAAGAGGAAGAGGAAAAAGAAGAGAAAAAGAAGAAGGUUGAAAAGGAUAUACCCGACCACACACCGAACGGUAUCGACAAAUCUGCUCCUAAAAAGAAACUGGAAGUCAUACAGGAAGCUCUGCUUAAAACUGAAAAAACUGUAUCUCGAAAACAAUCUAUUAGCAAAGUAGAGGAAUUACGAACAGAAAGUCGAAGAAGUUCUUUGGUAGCAACUGAUGAAAAGGUAGAUAGAGAGACCCCGAAAUUUAGAUCCACAAUAACACCAACACAUCACAUGAAGGAUAUUUGGGCUUCAGUGCCAAGAGAACCCGAAAUAAGAUCCAUUAUAAAAAGAGAGGAAAAAUUACAACCGGAUAAUACCAAUUGUAACGAAUUAUUGGUUGAUGAUUACGAGGAUGCAUUUAUAUCAAACGAAUCUACACCACGUACAAGUAAACCUAGUAAAAAUAUCGAGGUUUCCAUUGAACCACAAUCAAGUAUAGAAAAAAGAGAAUCGAUUAAAUCUAACGAGGAUGUGUCAAAAAUUAUACCUAAGCAAAUUGAAGAAUUGGACAAUGAUAUAGAGGACAUUUGGGCAGAUAGACCACAAGAACCAGAAAUUAAGUCAAUUUUAAGAGAGCCUCCACAAAGAACUCUCAUGUAUUUAUCACGGACAGAGUACAUAGUACCCGAAGAUACUUGGAAAUCAAAUUUAAUCGAAAUAAAUGACAAAUCCGAAACUUUGAAACAAAAAUCGGAAUCGCCUUUAGUUGAUGCGAUUAAUAAAGUAGAGAAAGAAGACGCGAAACCAAAAUCUUCUCGCAAACUUGACGAAGCGAGCAAGAAAAAGGAACCACUUACAAGACGUAGAUCAUCGACAAAGUCUACAGAAGGGUCUAAGGAUGAAGAACCUACGUCAGAUUCUAAAGAAAGGGAUAAUAUUUCCAAUGGAACUAAGAAGGAUGAAGUCGUCGCUAAAGCUAAAACUGUUGGAAAGGAAGAAAAGAAGGAGGAACUCAAACCCACACUCAAAGUAGAAGAAUCUAAGAUACAAGAACUCUCAAAACCAAAAACUCUCGGUAAACCCGAGGAGACCAAGGAACCUAUCGCGAAAUCCAAAACACCCGUUGAUAAACUCGAAGAGGUGAAGAAGAAGGAACCUGUCCCACUUAAGACACUUGCUAAACCCGAGGAGAUUAAGAAAGAGGAACCUGCUCCAAAAGCUAAAACCACACUUACUAAACCCGAGGAGCCUAAGAAAGAGGAACCUGCUUUAAAACCCAAAACCACACUUGCUAAACCCGAGGAGGUUAAGAAGGAGGAACCUGCUCCAAAACCUAAGACCAUACUUGCUAAACCCGAGGAGUCUAAGAAGGAGGAACCUGCUCCAAAACCUAAGACUCCAUUUGCUAAACCUGAGGAGGCUAAGAAAGAGGAACCUGCUUUAAAACCCAAAACCACACUUGCUAAACCCGAGGAGGCUAAGAAGGAAGAAUCUGUUCCAAAAUCUAAGACCACACUUACUAAACCUGCAGAGGCUAAGAAGGAAGAACUUGCAAAACCUAAAGUCACACUUACUAAACCUGAAGAAGCUAAGAAAGAAGAACCUGCUCCAAAACCUAAAACCACACUUGGUAAACCCGAGGAAGCUAAGAAGGAAGAACCUGCUCCGAAACCUAAAGUUACAUUUGGUAAACCCGAACGAAAGGAAGAGGAACAGACCAGAAAACUUAGUCUCAAGCCUGGAGCAAAGAUCGAAGAGGAAGCGAAGACUCUGAACAAAGUGGAACUCAAGCCAGUGGCAGCCGUGGCGAACGAGAAGAAAUCUGGACUACGCAAACCACCGAAAUACGAAAUUAAAGCCGACAACUUUCAAUCUAUCCAACUUAAACCAGUUUCAAGGGAUCCUAAAACACCUCAAAAAGCUGAAAACGGCAGUAUCGAGUUGAAGUGUUUGUAA